AUGGCGGAAGCUGCCAGCCUCAUUGAGAAGUACAAAGUGGACGGAGGUGGCGACCUGUCAAAGGCGGCAGAGAUCCACCAAAGCAUCUUGAGUUUCAAACCCGACUGGGAAUCUUACGAGGCCACAAAGGCCCAGGCGCAUGUCCUGAAGCUGAUCGAGGCGGAUGCACCAGCCAUCAAGAACAAGUCCAUGAUCCAAGGCCACAUCCAGGUCGUGCAGGCUUGCAUGAACGUCAUGACCCUGCGUGAUGACAAGCCUAUCCGGUGGCUGCUGACGCUGUUCUAUGACAUGCUUCGCGAGGAUAGCAGCAGUUACGGAAUUUUUGAGGAGGCCACUAGACAGAAGAUUGAGGUCUACAAGCCAUUGAUGGCCUUGCUCGGCCGCAAGGACUUGGACAACUACACUGCUGACAAGGUGAGCUGGCUGCUCUCAGCGGUGAUGAGCCACGUGCCGCACUGCGUCUCCGAGGCCAAUGUCAAGGAGUUCCUGGCUAUGGUCUUGGACCCCAGCACUACCUGCUCGGACUUGGGCCAGCUUGAGGCGAUUACCAACUUGGUGAAGUCGAAUGCCUUCAGAAAGCUGGUAUGGUCGCAGCCUGGAAUUGCGGACUGCGUCUUCAAGAUUCAGCCAAAGUCAUCGCCAUCUCCACACCUCUAUAAGUGCAUUUUUGCCAUCUGGGCCUUGUCUUUUGACAAGGAGAUCACCAGCUCUCUGAAGGAGAUGCACGUCAUCAAGAAGCUGCGAGAGACUCUGACCUACAGCCGAGUAGAGAAGGUCAUCCGCUUAUGUUUGACGGUUUUGAGGAACUUCCUCAGUGACAAGAGCCUUUGUGAGGACAUUGUGGAGGAGGGCAUUUUGGAGGCAGUCCAGCAGCUUGAAUUUGAGAAGUGGAGAGAUGCAGAGCUUUAUGAAGACAUCAAGGACAUGGCCAUUCAGAUUGGCUCGGAGGUCAGCGAGAUGAGCAACUUUGAGCGCUACGAGCGGGAGUUGCAAACAGGGAAGCUUCACUGGGGCUUCAUUCACUCGAGCAAGUUUUGGGCGGAGAACGUGAUGAAGUUUGAAUCAAAUGACUAUAGGGCGCUGAAAAUGUUGGCCUCCCUUUUGCAGAGCUCAGCGACAGACGCUACGACUCUGGCAGUUGCAUGCCAUGACAUUGGGGAGUUUGUCACGCUUCACCCGCUUGGCAAAAAGAAGGUUGCCCAGCUUCAAGUGAAGGAGAAGGUCAUGGAGCUCAUGGCCGCCCAGAAUCAGUCAAGGGAGGUGCGGCGCGAGGCUCUCCUCUGCUGUCAAAAGAUCAUGCUCAACAAGUGGCAGGACAUGGAGCAGGCGAGCGCGCACGGAUGCGAGCAGUUUCAGUUUCGGUUCCGGAUGCCGCAAGGUUCCGAAAUGAGCUCCGGCUUACCUGCGCCAAGGUCUCCGGAAGAGAACUGGAUCCAAGCGGAGCGCAGCUUGGUGCGGCCCUGCGCGCCCGAUUGUCAGAGCGCUGGGAGCGUUUCGGAGGUUUGCCAGGCCGAGAAGAGCGAGGCCGGAGCCGGUGGAGCCGGAGCCGGAGCCGGUGGAGCCGGAGCCGGAGCCGGUGGAGCCGGAGCCGGGGGCGAGAAGGAGACGGAGACUUUACGAAGCCUCGCCGAAGAGCUGGCGGGCGAGCGGAGGCGUGCGCAAGAUCUUGCUCGGCGCCUCAGCGAGGCGGAAGCCCGAGCUGCUAAGUUAGCUGCUAAGUUGGAACAGUUGGCUCAGCCAUGUGCUGCGGACGCAAGCGAUUUUUUCGAGCUGGAGCACAAGUCCUGCCCCGUCGGGCAGACCUUGCCCAGGUUCCGGAAAAACGUGGUGUGCGAGGAGCAGUCGGCCAUGGCCCUGCCAUUGCCAGGCGAACUAGAGACGCCGAGGCAAGCAGCCCAGCAGCUCUUUGACGUGGCGCCGCCUGUCCAGCGAAUGACGCCCACCCGUGGUGCCAUGUUCAGUUGCAAGAGCAGUUCCCAAAGUGCGUUGCCGGCCUCCACCCAGUGGACCGCCCUCCGUGGGGAGCUUUCGAGCCAAGUUCCUCAGGUGCCGAAGUUGGCGCUUUCCAGGUUGGAGCCCUUUUCCCCCAAGGGCGACUUCUCUGCCCGCGACUUCUCUGUUCGCGGGGACCUCUCUGCCCGCUCUGGCUGCGACCGCGUGCUGUGGCCCGGCUCCAACAUGGAGCCACCGCCCGCCCUGCCAGCACCACCAGCGGAGCACCCGCUGAUGACGCCGCGCACCGGGGCGACGCCACAGCCCACACCCCGCACAGCCACGCCCCGCGCCGCCACGCCUCGCACCACUCCGCGAGCCACCGGGGUCACGCGCACGAGGAAGGCGCCCUUCGUUCCAAAGCUGCCGCUGCACAAGGAGGAAGUCUUCAUGCUGGGUACUCCUCGCCAACCUGUGCAGUUUAUGAAAGGUGUUUCCAGCCCGAGCCCCAUCCAUUCACGAAGCCCAAGUCCUAGUAGCUCGGAGGGCAGCCUGGACGAUGCCGACAAUUGGGACCGCGUUGCAUCGAUAGAAACGGUUGCCUCGCAAGAGGAGGUGUCGAUGACCUACCGAAGCCGAAGUGAGAAGGUGUUGUCGGAGCGCAGCAACUACAGCGUCUGUGGGCUCUAUGGUACGGGUCAGGAUGCGGAGGUCCAGGUGCUCCGCAAGGUGAUCCGAGACUUGGAGCAGCAGCUGCAGGAAGGGAGACCUUGUUGUUUCCACAGAUGCCUGGUCUCUGCGAGCUCUGACCCCAAGGAUCAGGCACAGGAGCUAGCUGUUUGGCGUGGGCAAGGUCAGUGA